AUGUCGUUAUGCCAAAAUCGCCUACAGGAGGAACGGAAGCAAUGGCGGAAGGACCAUCCCUUUGGAUUUUAUGCACGGCCUCAGAAGAAUGCGCAAGGAGUGCUGGAUCUCAAGGUCUGGGAGUGCGGUAUCCCGGGCAAAGAGAAGACCAUCUGGGAGGGCGGCCUCUUCAAACUGGUUGUAACGUUUCCCGAUGAAUAUCCCACGAAGCCCCCCAAGUGCAAAUUCGUCCCCCCGCUCUUCCAUCCCAACGUCUACCCUUCCGGCACCGUCUGCCUCUCGAUCCUGAACGAGGAAGAGGCAUGGAAGCCGGCCAUCACCAUCAAGCAGAUUCUCCUCGGCGUCCAGGACCUUCUCAACGACCCCAACCCGGAGUCGCCAGCCCAGGCCGAGGCGUACAACAUGUUCAAGAAAGACCGGGCGCAGUACGAGAGGCGCGUCAAGCAAAUUGUGCGCGAGAAUGCCGCGCCGUAA